AUGGGGGUCGGGCGAGGCCACACGAGGCGAUCCGCUCCCCUCGCCGUCGCCGCCGCCGCCGCUGUGAUGGGAGCUGCUGCUGCCUUGUGGGCUCUGAUCCGAUCCAAGCCGUCGGAUAACGAGAGGCGUCGCCACCCGACGGCUUCAGAAGAAGGCGAUGAUGUGGACGACGGGGCUUAUAUCGAGGCGUGGACAAUAGCGGGUUUGCAUAACCCGUCGAACUUAUGCUACUUAAAUGCGAUUCUACAGUCACUAGCCAGCAGUUCAUCAGUGCCUGCCGUCCUGCACGCUGCUGUCUCGCUAUCAUCGCGCCACCUCCCCACCACGGCCACGCCCAUGGACCUGCCUCUCACCACCGCUCUUCAUUCGCUGCUCCAAGCGCUCUCAGAGCCAAUCACAGGGCGCCAGGUGGCGUGCUCUCGUGCGUUUCUGCGUGCGCUCGCGCCCCACGACUCUCGCUUCAACUUCCACCACCAGCAGGACUGCAUGGAGGCGCUGGCCCUGCUGGCGGCCGCCCUGCUGCGCGACCUCGCCCCUCUGCACCGCCACCUGCGCCUCUCCUCCUCGCCCCUGCCUGGCCUCUGCGCCCUGGUGGGGAAUCAGCCCGCUGCUGCUGGGGGAGAGGGGGAGGGCGAGGGCGGUGAGAGGCGCUGGCGCGUGCAUGGCGUGUGGAAAGGGGUGAGGGGAGAGGCGUGGAGCAGUGGAGGAGAGAGACAAGGGGGAGGAGAGGGGCAAGGGGGAAUUAUGGGGAGAGGGCGAUGUGGGGUGGGGGGUGCAUGCAGGCAUGGUGGCACAUGCAAGGCGGGAUCAGAGCGCGGUGUGCAGCAGGCAGAUACAGCAGGGAUGAAGGGUGCGAUGGUAGGCAUGGGGCACGGCAGGCAACACUGUCACAGCAGCUCGCCUAGCAGCGCAGCAGUGCAGCAGGGCGCAGCAGAUUGCAGCAGCAGGGGAGAAGCAGCGAGCGGGCAGGGGGGGAUGGAGGAGCAGGGAUUGAGGCUGACGGAUGGGCAGCAGGGGGAAGGGGGUGAGUGCAGCUGCGUCGAGGAGUCAGAUGCGCGGAGGGAGCACAACAGCACGCCGUCAGCGUGCUCUCAGCAGCACCACAGCACCACGCAUCCUCCCUCGCUUGCGGCCGCCUCCUCUCAUGCGUGCACUCAGCAGCCCCCCUCGCCCGUGGCUGCGACUGCACAGGCGUGUGACACGCUGCUGCAGUGGCCGCUCUCAGGCACGACCGUCAGCCUCCUCGCAUGCCUUGCAUGUGGUCACCAGUUCGCCAGCAGCGUGCAGCCGUGCACCGACAUCUCGCUCCCUCUCCCACCCUCCUCCUUGCACGGCAUGUCGCUCACCUCCUUGCUGCACAGCUACACGGCACCAGAGCAGGUGUUGGACGUCACAUGCCCCAGAUGCUGCCACGUGGCAGCAGCUGGGAUGGUGAGAUCUGCGAUGGCACUGCAGGCGCAGCAGGAGAAUGAUCAAAAGAGGCAUGAGGAAACACGCCUCGAUACUGCCGAUGCUGAUGCUGGCACACGUGCCAAUGCAGUGAUGGGUGUGCAUCCGGAGGGGCAUGGACAAGCAGCAAGGGACGCACAUGGCAAUGCGCAUGCACAGGGGACCAGAGCACCAGUUGCCUCUUUGCUGCGGUGCGAAGCUGGCGUGGCACCGGCAAGCAGCGCUGUGGAUGUGGCAUCUGCAGCAGUGGGGGAGGGGAGACCAGUUGAGCUCAAGGAUGGGGGGAACGGAGAGUCCUAUGAGCACACGAGCAGGCAACAAGAGGAGAUGAAGGCGCUGCUGGCAGUCCUGCAGGCGUGCACGGCCGCUGAUAGCAGUGCCUGUCGCUGCCCCGCCCGUGUGAGAGCGCUGCUGCCCGCCCGCCCAUGGCCGUGUGUGAGGCGCCCUGCGCUCAAGCGCCUGCUGCUCGCACGCCUGCCACAGGUGGCGUGCAUUCAGGUGCAGCGAGUGGCGUUCUCCCCCUGGGGCGCGCUGCACAAGGCGCAUGAUCACAUCCCCUUCCCCCUUCUCCUCGACCUCUCGCCAUUCUCUCUUCUAGCAUACACCUCUCGCCCCGCGUCCCCACUCCACCCACUGUCCACCUCCCAGCACUCCCUUGCUCCGGCAGCCUCACCCACUCUACCCCUAGCCCAUUCUGUCUCUCCCAACCCCUCCUUCCCCUUCAUUUUCCAACCAUCCGUGCUCUCCCAUGUCUUAAUAACCGACGCUAGCCCUGUCCCCACAACAUUUGUCCCCUCCUCACCGCUCUCCCACAACUGCCAAGCAUCCCGCGCCCCACCGCUGCACUUCCCCUUCCUCUGGGCCACCUCCCCUCCUCCACUUCGCCGUGCCUCUCACUCCACUGCAACCCCUCCGGCUCGCCCUGCUGCUGCUGUAAUGCACACCACGAUUGCAGAGGGUGGAAUGGCAAGCCCAACAGGGUGCGCUCCAGCUGCCUCUGCUGCUACCAGCACAUGUGGGGCGCCAGUCACGGCUGCUGCUGGUGCAGGGAGCGAGGGCGAUGUGCAGGGAAGCAGUGUGCAGACCGGGAAGGCAUGUGCGUCACAGCUACAUGUGACUGCUGCCAGUGACCAUCCAGGGCAUGCACCAGCCCCUCCACGUGGCCCAGCCCUUUCCAACACCAUAGCACGGGCAUCAAGUGCAGCGGUGGCAGCGAGUAGCAGUGGUGGGUGCUGGUACCGCCUAAUCGCCGUGGUGGUGCACCACGGGGGGCCUCAGAGCGGCCACUACUCUGCGUUCCGCCGCGUGUGCAGGGGCGAGGCUAAGAACACAGGGGGGGAAGGCGACAAAGGUGGUGGAGGUGGGAGAAGCGAGAGAGGAAAGGUGGCAGCCGUGGUGCGAGGAGGGGACAGUCGGUGGUUCAGUGUGUCGGAUGAGCAUGUGAGUGAGGUGAGGGAGGCGCAGGUGCUGGGUGCUGAGGCCAGCAUUCUCUUGUAUGAGGCCAUGCAUGUGGCUCGUUAG